CGCACUGUCGCGCGCGCGUCUUAAAAUAUAUUAUACGGCGGCGCGGGGAUUCGGAGGGCGGUCGACGGUCAACACGAGAUAAUAAUAAUAACAGUAAUAUUAAUAAAGAAAAAAAAAAAUUAAAAAUUACAAUAUUAUUAGUUCGGUGUGUACGGUCACUCGCGCGUGUUAUCCGCGGAUAUCGACUUAAUUGCUGCUGUUCGACGUUGUCUAAUAAUAAUAUUACAACAAUAUUAUUUUACGCGUACACUGGCCAAUAAAUUUUUUUUUCAUUUUAUACGACGUUUGUUUUUUUUUUCCCACUCCGUUGGAAUCUUCGCUUCACGUGCCUACCUGCUACGUCUCCCGUCUACUACUUGCGUCGUAAGUACCUAUAUUAUACAAUUAUUUAUUAUUAAAAUGGUGUUAGUGUUAGUGUUUUUUUUUUUUUAACAGCCCGUUAUACUUCAAACGGACGUCCACAGUAACAUUUACCUGCCGUCUUUUGAUGUCUUUCUUACCGGCUGUAUAAGCAAAAUAUUGUAAUUUAAAAACGAUGAAAUUCUAUUUUUUUUGUUCAUAAAUACGAGCGAACUGUCUGAAAAUUAUAAACGACAAAAAAAACGCCAAACGGAAAAUCAUAGUGAAUUGAUAUUCACUAUAUUUGCUUGAAUUAAGUGCAAUGAUUUUCAUUUGAAGUCUAUUAUUUCUGCUAUACCGGCCGGUAAAAAGACAGAGACGGCAAUUAUAGUGCAACUGUUCUCUUAAGCUUUGUAGAGCUGAUGGAUCUACUGCAUAUUAUUUUCUACAAAAACAUUUCUCGCGGGAAAAAAUAUGUUGCCUCGUAGAAUGGUUUUUUCUCAUUUGAAAUAGGAAGACCAUCGCAUCAAACUCUGAUUUUAUAAAUUUAAAUUCCCAGAAAAUUUUUAUUAAUAAGCGUUAGAAAAAAAAAAAAAAAUGGUUGUAAUUUUAUAUUCUUUACGUGUUUUUAUUUUUUUAUUUUUUCUGACAUUACAUCAAAGUUUUUUUGAAUUUUAAUCAAAAACGAGAAUUCAAUGCAACAUGUACAAAGUUUUGCUCUUUCAAAAAAAAAAAAAAAAAAUUAAUAUUGGAUCGUGAGAGUUUUCUUCCGUGGUGCCAUUUUAAAUAGCCGUACUCCUUCCCUCUAAAUGGAUAACGGACGGUAUAAAUUAGUGGAAAAGUCUUAAUUAAGGUGGUCGUUAAAAAUUUUAAAUGUUAAGAAUGAUAUUCAAAUUUUACGAAAUUUGUGAAAAUUUUGAAUCCUGCUACUUGUUAUUAACUAUUGAUUUUCAAAUGAUAAUCCCUCACCCCAUUUUCAACACUAGAUUGGUGAAUAUAGUUUUCUAAAUAUGUGAAUAUAUGUAGGUAUAACAAAAAAAAAUGUAUGAGUGAAAACAGUUAAAAAUAUUUAGACCGGAAGAGUAUAAGGAAGAGAGUACCUAAUAAUAACACCUGUCCAUUAUUUUUAGUCGAUUUCCCUACGGCUUCGGUUUAAAUGUUAAACUGUUAUAAUUAUACAUAAAUUAUUAAAAUCCUACGAUAUUAUCAAAAAUAUAAUAAUAUUUUGAGACAGUAACAUCGGGAUUCUUAGAAAAAAAACAAACAUAAUUUCAAGCUAUUACUUUUUAGAAAAAAUUUUGACAAUAUUAUAACUGUAAAUAAUCGAAAUUCAACAAUCGCUAUAAUAAUGACUUAAACCAAAUAAAAAUAAUAAAUUUUUCAUGAUUUUUUUAAAUUUAUUAUUAAUUUUUAUAGGUACUUGUUGGCUAAAAAAAAAAAAAUUCAUCGUUAUGUAGUAUUUUUUUUUUUUUAUAAAACAAAAUUGUUUAAAUUUUAAUGAAAAUCACAAAAAUAAUGGCAUUUCAAAACAUGUUUAAACGAACUUCGUUCAGAGUCGUUCUUCAUCGUCAAUCGUUACCUAUAGAUGUAAAUUAAAUAACCUUAUCCAUCCAAUCUUCUCAACUUCCCACCUACAGCAGUGGCACACCCAUCAGCAGUAUACUAGUUCUUUAAGUUAUCUUAAAAUCGUAUUGUACCUACGAGUUUUCGAGUGUUAGUUAUUUCAUUUUCAAUUAUUUCAAGUAAAUGUAUCGAUUACCUGACAUACGACAACGGUUCUAAAUGGCUAAUAAAUAUAUUCCUAAAUAUAUUUAUAUUCUCGAUACAAAUAUUCAUAAUAAAACUGAUAGCAUGUUUUCGAUAUAUCAGUGAUAAAUGUUUUAAGGAGAAAAAAGUUCAAAAAAAAACGAGUUUAAAAAUGACUCUCCUAUUUUAAGCGUAUAUUAUGUACGUCUAUACCCGUUCUGUGUUACAGUAAAUCAGGUAUUAUCGGACAUCUAACUCCGAGAAUAUAUCGCCGUAAUCGCUAUGCGUUUUUAACACUUAAAUUUACUAUUUCGUCUUUCUAAAACGAUAAUUUCGAGAAACCUCAUUCCCGCGUAUUUCCAUUACAAUGGACACUUUUAAGUUGAAAUCCGAGUGAAAUCGUUUGCAUCAAACUUUCGACGUUUCAAUUAAUUAGGAUAAAUAUCUAUGGGCGUCCCCGGACAACUGUUUUUACAUUUUCUAUCGGUUGAAUCUCCGUGUUUAGUAAAAUAGUGUGUAAUAUUUUGCAAUAGUUAAAAAAAUAUGUCAAAUAAGUAAGAGUAUUGAAGUUUUGGUCUGGAUAUUAUAUUAAAUUAUGAAUACUAUAAUAAGACUUUUUCUGUGAAAUGUUAAUAUUUAAUUUCACGGUAUGUAACUUUAUAGUGUAUAUGUAUCUCUUACGAAGCUUUAAGUUUUCAAGAAACAUCUAACAAAUGUAUUCGUCCAACUUGUGGGUUCUCAUCCUUUUUCACACAGGUCUGCCAAACUAUAUAAUUUGAGAAAAAGUUUAAUACGGUAAUCAGUUAAAUUUUAGAAUUUGAGCGUGAGGAGGAUCUAUUGGUUUUAUUAUGUGUGGUUCAGUUCGGCGUAUGUUUUCUACCAGAAUGGCAAGUGACUUUUGACCAGGAAGGAGGGUAGCAAUUUUAGGAUUAGAUAUACAAAUAGAUACUUAUGAGGUACUAAAUAAUUGCGUCGUUUAAUUUUGAAUUUUACACAAAUUUACAUAUGAGGGGAGGGGCUAGAGAGACGUCCCUCCAGCACCCAUCCCAUUCAAAAGUUGGUUUACUGCAAUAAAUGCCAUACAAAUUCCGGGUUUGGCCAAACAAAUUCAUACUAAUUACAUACUAAAUAUUGAAAUAAAAAAAAAACGGUGAUUUCCAAAUGGUGAGACGUACGUCUAGAAUAUUAUAGUAAUUAAAUGGUUACUGCUAUUGUUUCGUCUACUUAUAGUCACCGAGAUAAAAAUUGAAUAAUCAUAUAAUACAAAUAAAUAAGUAAUUAAAUACCGACUAGUUAAUAUUAUAAAGGUUAUAAAAAAUAAUUACGUAUUCCUUACAAUAAUAUAGCGUUAGUUUGCAGGUAAUCAGAUUUGCAGAUAUUCAGACUGACUAUAAUAUUAUACUCAUACGAUUAUUAUGAAAUGUUUAAUUGUUUAAUAUUUAUUAUUUUGAGAUUACUAUUAUGUUAUAUAAGGGUUGCAACAAUACGGCUUCGGAACCGUUGUAUUUUAAACAAAAUAUAGGUGUUCGGUGAAGUAGCUAAAAAAAAAAUAUACGUCCAGUUAUAAAGUAUAAAAAUAAAACUCCAUGUAGGUACGUUUCUAUUGGCAUUGAAAAACAGGUUGAUAUUUUUAAAUCAAAAAUUGGUAGUGAUAUCACCGUGGAGCAUAAUGGUGAGAAAAAUAAGCCGAAUAUACAACAUUUUAGAACUUCGGGUAUCAUGCAUUUUUUUUUAAGAAACACCCAAAUAAAAGUUAGAAUUUUUUGAGAUGAAUAUAUAUAUUCACUAUAUUUUUAUUUUUGAAGAUUGAUCAACAUUGACUUACUCGUGCUCGUAUUUGGAUACAAAACAUAACUAGCUAGAAAUUUAGGACACAAAGUACUAUAAGCAGCUAUAUGCAAAAAUAAUUAUAGUUUAAACAGUAAAAUAUAAAACCAAAUGAGUAUUUAAUUUCAUGAAUAAAUCCUUUUUCUGAUGUAUUAAUAUACAUAAUAUUAUAUUCAAAUUUAAAAUUGUUACAUUAAUAUAAUUUUAAUAUUAAAAUCAUAUUAUUUUUUGAUUCAAAAGUAGUUCUUUGUUUUUUCAGUUUAUAAUUUGGUUUAAAUUAAAUAUUUAAAAAAAAAAAAAAAAAUGUUUAUUAAUAAUUUGCAAUUAUAAAUUUUACAGAAUACAGCUGGAUACCGAUACGCUAAACAAAUAUGGAGAGUUUAAUUACUGUUAUGAACAAACUACAAGAUGUUUUUUCGACUAUUGGUGGAUCACAAAUCAUAGAUCUCCCUCAGAUUGUUGUUGUUGGUUCCCAAAGUUCCGGUAAGAGCAGCGUCUUAGAAAGUAUUGUUGGUAAAUCUUUUUUACCUAGAGGAACUGGAAUUGUAACACGAACACCUCUACUCUUACACCUUAUUAAUCCAACACAUUCUGAAAUAGAAAACGCAUGUUCACACGAUUGGGCUACAUUUCAACACAAACCAAACGUAAUUUUUCAAGAUUUCGAUAAAGUAAGAAAAGAAAUUGAAGAUCGGACAACAGAACUUGCGGGUGACAAAAAAAAUAUAACUGAUUCGCCAAUCACGUUAAACAUUUAUUCUAAACGUUUGUACAAUCUAAGUUUCGUCGAUCUUCCGGGGUUGACCCAAAUAGCCGUGCCGGGCCAACCCUUAGACAUUAAGCAACAAAUCGAGAAAUUGAAUUUGCAGUUUAUUAGUAACCCAAAUUCGAUAAUACUGGCCAUAGUGCCGGCAAACGUAGACAUAGCUUGCAGCGAAAGUUUGCACAUAGCUAGAACCGUCGAUCCCAACGGUGACCGUACUAUCGCGGUCGUUACCAAAAUCGAUAUUAUGGACAGAGGAACGGACGCUACCGAAUGUUUAACUGGAAAAAUAAUUCCAGUGAAACUCGGAAUAGUCGGUGUAAUAAACCGGUCUCAAAAAGACAUCACGACCAACAAAAGUAUUGAACAAUCACGUGAAGCGGAGAUGAAAUUUUUUAAGGAACGUUAUCCUAUUAUAGCGGAACAACACGGAACAAACGUUUUAGGCAAAAGACUUCAGAAUCUCUUGAUGAAAAAAAUUAAAGAAACGUGUCCGGAUUUGAAACGACAACUUUAUGAACAGAAUUCACUGUACGGUACUCAGGUGAAACACUUGAAAGAGUUUACUAACAACUACGACCGAUCGCUUCUCGAUUUGAUUAUGAAGACUUCGACUAGUUACAAAUCAUGUUUGGACGGUCAGGCUAACAACACCUGUUUGGAAAAAUUAAACAGCGGGGCUUCUAUUGCCCGUUAUUUCAAAAAUGAAUUCAAGAAAGAAAUCGAUAAAAUUGACCCGCUUUACGGAUUAUCUGAUGAGAUAAUUAUCAAUAUAAUAAAAAACGCGUCAGGAACAGAUAUGGGUGUAUUCAUGCCCUCCCAAGCGUUCGAUCACCUGGUCAAGAAACAAUUACGAUUGAUGGAACCGCCGUCGUUAACUUGCGUAACUGUUGUACACGAAGAGUUAAUUUCAAAUAUGCUGUGUUUAGACGAAGACAUAUCACGAGAACUAAAAAAAUAUCCAAAACUCAAUGAAAAAAUAAACGAAGUAUUACAAGAAUCAUUGAACACAUAUAAAUCGAAAACACUCGAAUCGGUUAGUAAACUGAUCCGUUGCCAAGAAGCGUACGUCAAUACUGAUCAUCCCGAUUUCAUCGAAGCUGUGAUGCAGUCGGAGGAAUACCUUGAGCUCUUCGUAAAGUCCAUAAAGAUCAAACAUACUGAAGAACAAAACCAAGAAAAUGCAUCAUCAUCAUCGGAUGAAGAUGAUAGUUCAGCAAAACCAAUAACUCAACAAUACCGGAUGCGAAAAAUGGUCGAGAAAAUUACUACGUGCGCUUUUACUGGAUUCGCCGAUACCGAUAAAUUAAUAUUGGAAAGUCGAGCUGGAUUACUUACACUGUUUAUAAAAUGUUAUUUUAAGGUUAUCAAAAAAAUAAUUCAAGAUAGCGUUCCAAAAACGAUCAUGUACGAAAUGGUAAAUAAUGUUAAACAAAACUUUCAAAGAGACUUGACUUCCAAAGUGUACAAAUCUAACGAUCUUAAGAUAGCGGAAUUGUUAUUGGAAUCCGAUAAUAUUGUGGAAGAACGAAUGAACGCGUACCGUCGCUUCGAUGCGUCCGAGAAGGGGUUGAAACUGAUGAGAGAGAUAGAACAACUGUGUUACGAAACCGAUAAUUAACCGAGAAAAUGGAAUAAUUUAAUAAUAAUUUUAAAAAGUAACAAGAAAACAGCAAAAUAAUUGUCCUAUAAAAUAUAUAAUAAUGAGUGUUUUUUUUGGUUUAUUUUUUUAAAUUUUACUCAUCAUAAAAGAUUGAAUUUUAAAUUUAAAAUAAUUAAACCGUCAGUAGUUUAGAAUAUUAUGUACAUGUGUAUUAUAAACUAUUUUUUUAUGUUUCAUUUUUCCAGAGGUAGACAUUUUUUUUUUUUUAGAUUUUUAAUCUAUAUUAGACGAAAAUCAAAAAUAAUAGUUUUUCGCUGGGCAAAUUUCAUAUUUAUAUAUUUUAACGAGACUAUAGAAAAUUAUAAUCCUUGUCCAGUGCUGAUUUAUUAUAAUAAUAAUCGAAAAGCGACGACACUUUAAUACUUAUUAUUAUUGUACUGUAUUAAAAUAAAUAACUUUAUGAAUUUAAAAAAACAUAAAAUUCGUUAUCUUGCUGAAAAAAGGUAGUCUCCUAAUGCGUUUCCAAUGUCCCAAUCUCGGGAGCUUGGACGUAUGGAAUUUUACUC